CCCCCCCCCUAUUUGUUUUUCUAGGAGUUUCUAGGAUUCUUGUAUGUUCUUGUAUGAUUAGUAAUAAUACAACGAGAAUUGAAAGUGGUAUUGCAUAAAUACUGAGAGGGUCAUUCCUUAUGCGCCACUCGUUAUUUAGCGUACAGACAAGAGUCUAAUGUUGAGACCAAACGAAAAACUAAGUGGCAAAUAUGUUGGCGAGUGAACGACGAAUGCCCAUUUAUGUUGGUCAUAAUUCAGCAUAAAUUUUUUCUAGAACAAUAGUAUAUACUAGAAGAAUCUAGUACUACUACUAGAAAUCUAACGGAAAAAGUUGCAUAAUGUGGGAAAAUGGUUGGUCGGAAAGUAUUUUCAAUGUAUAUGCAGAAAGUCGAAAACGGCCGCCGUUACAAAAAUAAUUCAGACGAUUUUAUGAAAUUUAUAUCUGCUGAGCCACAUUAGACUCUAAUAAUCACAAAAAUAACUGUCAUAUACGCUAAAAUGAUCCUCGGUCUUUUCAAUUUUGGAUGAAAGUAGAUCUAGUAUUUAUUUAUAAAAAUGUCCUGCACUAAUUAGUAUUAUUACUCAAAAAACGAACAUGAUGGCCUUUUAUUACUAUAACUUUACAUUCGAAAAUGUUUUUUCUAUUGAAAAUGCUGUUUAACAGAUUCAUUAAUCGUAGACAUCAGCAUAUGUUCUGAUUAACAUUUUUCUCAUUAAUAGAUUUCGACAGAUAUUAAUCAUUUUAUCUGUAAAAACUUUGGGCACUUCAAAACUACAAAAUAUACCGAAAUUUUUCAAGUUAAAAAAUAGAAUAAACUGUUCUACUUUACAGAUUAGACUUUAGGAGUAGAAUGGAGGUUUGCUACAUUUAAGCGUACAAAGAUCGGAAAAAAAUCUUAUAAAGCAAAAACUGUUUUUUUUCAUUGCAAAUGAGUUGUUGGAUGUAUCGGUCAAUGAAUAAAAGAUUUCUCACAGCCACUUAUCUCAAAUUUUGAUUAAACUCGGGAGGAAAAGAAUAGAAAAUUGAAAAGAAAUAUAUGGAUUUAAGCAAGUGUCUUUUGUUGAAGUCUGAUGUGAAUGUGUGGAAAAUAGGAAAAGAAGAACGGGCGAACAAAAGCGGAAAAGGUGGCUAUCCGGUUACAAUGAUAUACAAGUGUUUCUAUUUUAAUUGAUGUCAAUUUAACUUGAUAUACAUAAAUCGAAAAUGAAUUUUAACUAAUAAAUUUUUUUCGCCUAUGAGAUAGGCCGUAAAAUUUUGUACAUAUGAAGUCUUGCUUCUUUUACUAAAAAUUCUUACUUCAUUUAUUUCGAUCUAAAUAGACUCAGAAAAUAUCGUAGAAUUUCUUCUAAUGCUACUCAGGAUGUAAAACUGUGAGUUUUCCUAUGAACAUGAGGUAAUAUAUAAAGAGAUAUGAACGAGCGAUCACUGUUUCAUUAUAGGAUCAACACUUCUACUUCAGCAAAAUGUUAGUCGUGCUUAUUUCAUCUCUCUACUUCUGAAAUUUGGAUAUGUUUGAUCGAAUCUAUAAUAUGUCUAUUUUGGUAAAUGAAAAACUUCAAACUUUGUACUUGGUUUGAGAGAUUAAAUCAAAUUAAAUAACCAAUGCUAAGACGCUUGGACUAGAGAUUUUCUAAAGAGUCCAAUUAAACAUGUGGAAGUCCCACGUGUGAACAUGCAUGUUUUGUGCUAUUAGUACACGUCUUCAUUCAUGGAUUUGAUCCAUCUCACAAAUGAUCACAACAUUUUUUAUAUACUUUUUUUAUAUACUUUUUCAUGGAGUUCGUGCGUGAGAAUCCACGAGUUUCUCACACUUUACAUGAGUUUCUCUGUCGUUUCACAUAAAAAUGUUUUAUGACAGCUGCAAUCGAUGUAUAAUAGAUAUCAGUUAUUUUGUUCUGUCUCUCAUUAUAUGUACAAUUUUCUUAAACUUUUUAGUUAUGUCGGCUGAACACGUGCUAUUUUCUUUUCUUUUGCUAUUCUGUCUCGUCUGCCAUGAAUUUUAUUGGACAGAUAUUUUUUUUUCAACUGUACUAUUUUGUACAUGUGUUACGUCAUUUCUCACGAUCCAAAAAAUCUGGACAAAAUAUGUUGAUCUUCUUUUAUCAGUAGUUUUCUCGUCAAAAUGCCGUAUUCAAAACGUUGGUCUUUUGAUUAUUCUCAUGAGUGCUGGGAAGAUGAUAAAACAAAAAGAAACAAUUAUGAAAAACAAGUUUUUACAAAGGUAACUGCUCAUCAAUUCUUCUGGUUUUUCAAAUCUUGGAACCCUUUUUUAACUGAUUCUGAUAUCCUAUGAUUUUUAACCUUUUUAUAAAUUGAAUAUGAAUAGCCUUCACUUCUUUAUCUAUCAUUUGAAUGAGUAAAGACUAUUCAUACUCAAUUUAUCUACAAUUUCAUUCAUGUUGAUAUACUUCUUUUUUGCACUAUAUGCCAGAAUACUUUUGAGCGAAACUCACCUCUUCUGCACGUAUAUUAGAGAUGCAUAUUUUCUUUCAUGUACAUGAAUCAAACUGCUUUCAUUCAGCAAUUUAAGAAGAUCUUUGUUCACUUAAAAAGAUAGCAUGAUUAUCGACAGUUGAUGAGAUAUACCCUUCUGUUGAGUUCAAUUGAAAAAAUAAAGAAAAAAACACCAAAAAAAAGUAGACCCAUUCGAGCUAGUAUAAAAGGUUUCAAAAAACGUUGAUUGACAAAUUCAAAAUCUAUUGAUUAUUUUUGCAAGAAGCUUUGUCAUGAUCCUGAUCGUUCACAGCUUUUUAUGAUGUAUUAAUUGGUGAUAAAGGGAAAUCUGCUUUCAGAAACGAGUAUAAAUCUUUAGGACAUAAUUCCGUUUCUCUCUCCCAAAUAUGAUAGUUCAAGAAGACAUGAAAUGAACGAAGAAAACAUGAAAACAAUCGAGUACUCCUGUGAAAUAAAUAGCUCAAUAACUCAAGAUAUUGAGUUCAGAUAUUUCAGAAGAAAAAAUGUCAAGAAUUCAAGGUCUUGGCAAUAAAUUUUCUGGCCUUGAUUGAGAAUCUAGUUAAAAAAAGGCUCAUGAUGUUGGAACUUAUAUGCGAACAAGAGUGAGAAAUAAAGUGAGUAUUUCAGAAUUAUAAAGAACGUCAAGAUCUUAGUAGAAAAAAGUACCACUAGAGCCAAGUAAGCUAUUGUAAAACCUCUAUAGAUAAUGAAAAAAUAUUCAUAGAGUCUUGAAAGCUCUAAAAUCAGAAGAAAAAGAGUUUCACCGAGUGUCAUCGAUGGAAUCGAAGAAAUAUUAUAUAGCUCUAUCACAUUGUUUUAUGAUAAACAUUUGUGUCGCUUCUAAUUUUUAAUACAUUUUCUUCUGAUUUGAGAAAAUUUAAGCUACUUUCUAAAAAAGUUUCAUGUCCUACAGAGCUACAAAAAGGAUAUUUCUAUGCCAAGAUACCCUUAUUUUGAAAUGCCCUUAAUCGUAUUUUACAACACUAUUUUGGUAUUUUAGUGUACCUUUUUGGUUUAGUAGAAUUCCUUAAAGGGCAUUUCUAAUUCCACGUAUCUGCAUUUGUCACUUGAAGAUUCCAAAAAGGGUAUCUCGGCAUAGAACUAUCCUUUUUUUUAGUUCUGUAGGAUACGAAAUUUUUUUGGAAAGUAGCAGACUUUGUGCUUGCUAUUUAAAAGCUUCUCAAACCUUUGGCAACAAAAAAAGACAUAUCUUUUAUACUUAUGGUGAAUUGAUCUUUUUCGAUAAUCUACUGUACACAACUUGUAGUGGACAUUCAAUAAAGAAUUAUUUUCGAGGCAUGAGAUAACUGAUACCUAUGACAUGUGGAUCCUUUGGCUGAUGUUGCAAAGAAUGGGUAGAUUUAGACAAUUCUUUUUCUGCUCCGUAUAUUCUUUGACGUUAGUCUUUACAUUUUGUCUUCAACUUCUUCAUCGAUUAGUGUCUAAAUUGGUUGCCAGAACUUUUGUUUAAAAAAAUACUUUCUGUGCCCUGACAUCCAAAUUUCUCUAUAAGAGACACUUUGUUGACAAAUAUACACAAAAAUCUUUUUUUAUUUUAGUCUACAAUUGACCGAAAAAUAACUUCAGUUACAUUCUCGUCUUGGUGUGAGUCACGUAAAACUGCAUUUCAUCCAUUACCAAACAAUAAACCCGAGGAUAUACCCUCCGUUUAUAUUAUUCCGACAUUAUUAAAAAAUUCACCAUCAUGGACAUUUCGUCGAUUUUUGUUAACUGGUGAACAAAAUUUAUCAAUAUGGUCAAAUAAAUAUUACAAAAAUGCGUUAAUCAGUUACAUCAAUAAUAUUUAUCAACGAAUGUAUUCCUACGAAUCAUUAGAGAAAAUUGUUAACAAAUAUAAUAAUCCAUUAUUCCAUGAUGAACUGGACGUAUUGAACAUGUUACUUACUGAAAUGAAACAAACAUUCUCGGCAUCAUCGUCAACAAUUAAAAAACGUGAACAAUAUCGUGCAAUAAAAAGAUUAGAAGAAUUUCAAUGUAUAUAUGAAACAAAACAUAAAACAAAAUUUACAUUUGAUCCACCGUCCAAUGAUCAAAUUAAUUUUAAUAUAAAUAGUUAUUUUGAUUUGGGAUGUGGUGAUGCACAAAUAACAGUGCUUAUUGGAGAAUAUUUAAAACUAUCAAAAGAAAACAUCUAUGGUGGAGAUAUUUAUAAUAUGACCAAUAAUGAAAUAACAUAUGUUCAACUAUUAAAAGAUAGAUCUCUAUUACGAUUCUUUUCUAUAAUACUUGAGCUUAUAGUUGCUGAUGAUCAAGUUAAUCUUAUCACCUGUUUGGUUACAUUACAUCAUGUAGAAAGUAUUGAUUGUACAUUGAAUGAAAUAAAACGUAUUCUUCGACAUGAUGGCUAUUUGAUUAUUCGUGAACAUGAUUGUAAAACUGAACGAAGUUUAGAUGCAAAAUAUUUAAAUUUUAUUCAUGCCAUUAUGAUGAUUGAAAACAUUGGUGAAUUUAAAUAUGAAAAUCCAUGUGAUGAUAAUGAUUGGCCUAGGAAAAAACAAAGAAUUAUUGAUUAUGUCAAAACGAUUAAAUAUCAUACAAGACAAGAAUGGGAUAAAAAAAUUGAAGCUCUAGGAUUUAAAAAAUUAAAAACAGCUAAAUAUCCAAACUCAAAUCCUCAAAAAUUAUUUUAUGCUAUAUACAAACUACAAAAAAACAGAUGA